GGUCCGUGGGGUUCGGGUGCACUAAUAAGACCUAGCCGAGCUCUCCCAAGCAAAGAGAUAUGUCCUUGUGAUCUCACUGUCUUGACCUUCUUCCCCCUUGUCCACGAUCCAGUACUUCCGUUUGUCUCCAAACUGACGACCUACAUUCGGCUUCUUGACUAUUUCUUAUCCCUCCGUUCUACAUACAACUAUCGUAGUUCUACGUUUAAGAUCGCUCCAACGCUCCUGCUGCUCUUGGAUAUUACGAGGGUAGAACGCGGAGCUCUCAUCGCCCCGACAGUUUACAACUAGAAGAAGGGAAGCUGGGAUACACGACGCCACGAUGGUAGCAGUAGACGGAAGCGGCCAGCCGGAGACGGAGACGGUCAACACCAGCAUCAUCACCCUCACACGCUUCCUCACCGAGGAGCAAGCAAAACACAAGGAGGCCACUGGAGACUUCACCCUCCUCUGCCAUGCGCUCCAAUUCUCAUUCAAGUCGAUCGCCUACUACAUCCGGCGAGCGACACUGGUCAACCUAACGGGGCUGGCCGGGUCGUCCAACACCACGGGCGACGAGCAGAAGAAGCUGGACGUCAUCUCCAACGACCUGUUCAUCGAGGCGAUGCGGUCGAGCGGGCGGUGCGCGCUGGUAGUGUCGGAAGAGGAGGAGGACGUCAUCUACUUCAAGGACAGCAAGAGUGCGCGGUACGCGGUGGCGUGCGAUCCGAUCGACGGCAGCUCCAACCUGGACGCGGGCGUGUCGGUCGGUACCAUCUUCGGCAUCCACAAGCUGGCCGAGGGGUCGACGGGCACCAAGGAGGACAUCCUCAAGCCCGGCACGGAGCUGGUGGCCGCCGGCUUCACCAUGUACGGCGCGUCGGCGCAGCUCGUCAUCACCAUGAAGGACGGCAGCGUCAACGGCUUCACGCUCGACAACGGCGUGGGCGAGUUCAUCCUGACGCACCCCAACAUGCGCAUCCCCAAGAAGCGGGCCAUCUACUCGGUCAACGAGGGCAACUCGCUCUACUGGGAGGACAACGUGAAGCACUACUUCAACUCGCUCAAGGAGGCGCCCGAGGGCGGCAAGCCCUACAGCGCGCGCUACAUCGGCAGCAUGGUGGCCGACGCCUACCGCACCCUGUUAUACGGCGGUAUCUUUGCCUAUCCGGCCGACAAGAAGAGCCCCAAGGGCAAGCUGCGGAUCCUGUACGAGUGCGCGCCGAUGGCCAUGGUGUUUGAGAAUGCCGGUGGCCAAGCCGUCGACAGCAAGAUGAGGAGGAUGCUCGAGGUCGUGCCCGAGCACAUCCAUGACAAGUCGGGCAUCUUCAUGGGCAGCUACGACGAGGUUGAGAAGGUCAAGUCGUUCCACAAAUGAGCCGGUCAUAUAUGUGUAGGGGUCUGGAUUGUGUGCCUCAUGAGUAAGGGAUGUUGGAUACAGCUUUGCCUUGGAUAACUCGGCAAUGAGAGGGGGCUGUGGACGCUGCAAACCGGAGCAUCGUAUUUAAAUGCGAUUUAUUGACUGGGACACAAGGCAAGCAGAGAAUUGCAUGUGAAAAUUCGAGUUUUGAAGCUGAAAACGUUACCUGUAAUGAUCACCUGAGGUGGUACAUAUUUCAUCCAGCAAAGAUGUUCUAUCGGGGAGCCGGACAAAGUUGGGGAAGCUGCAGGGCGCAGAGGCAUG